AUGGCAUCAGUAACGAUUGAAAGUGAAAAUUUGGAUUUGAAUUCCUUUCUGGUAACUGCUGAACGCGAUUGCCACAGUACGAUAAGCGAAGAUUGUGGUGAUCCCGCAUCACCAGACCGCUCAGGUUCACUUCAACUACUUUCGUCUGAUGACAGUGCGACAUUCCAUCCGGAGUGCAUAAACACCAUCAUCCAGUCUCAACCGGAAGUCAAACUGCAAAAGUUGCGUUUCGUAUGGUCAGCACCAAAAACAGGAAGCGGAUGCGUGUACUUAAGGGCUUUGAUUACCUAUGAAAACAGCUUUAAUAAAUAUCAGAAUACUGAACUGUUAAAGGAACUAUGCGAAAUGUCUUUCGAUACAGUUACGAAGCAAAACGCACCGGCUGAAACCGAAAGUUGUUGUGCUUGUGACGAAGCCGUUUAUGAGAUGAAAUUUGAAGGACUUUGGUCAUCUGAAACUCAUCCGAAAGACUUCCCGAGUGCUUUGUGGCUUACUCACUUCAGUGACAUAAUUGGAGCGACACACGAUAAAGACUAUUCCUUUUGGGGUGAGGGUCAAUGGGCCACCGACGGUGUUAGACAGUUGGCCGAAUGGGGUUCAACUGCGAUUUUGGAAUCCGAACUCAGGCAGCAGAAGAAACAUUUAAGAACUUUGAUCAAAGCCGCUGGUCUUUGGCAUCCACGAGUAAACGCUAACGCCACGUCUAAAUUCCGGGUUGACAAGAAACAUCAUUACAUCUCAUUGGCUUCUAUGCUCGGCCCGUCCCCUGAUUGGAUAGUAGGUGUCAAUGGCCAUAAUUUAUGUGAAAAGAACUGUCAGUGGGUUCAAAACCGAACUAUAGACUUGUACGUCUACGACGUUGGAACAGACAGCGGACGUACAUAUAUGUCACACAACCAAGAGACCCUACCACAUGAACGCAUUUUUCGGAUCACCCCGAUGUAUCCGGAUGAUCCCAGGUCACCUUUUUUCAACGAAAAUGGCAACGAGAUGGCUCCUUUGGCCCGCUUACAUUUGAACAGAAUCAACCUCAUACCGAAGUCUUGUUCGGACAAGAUUAUAACAGAUUUAAUGGACGAACUCGUAGUGUCGGAGAACUCACAAGAUAUAUUAAGGCCUGAAUGUGCUGUAUCAAAGUACUCUGAAUGGAAUGAAUGCAACGUGACUUGUGGCAAAGGUCUCAGAUCGAGAAGCAGAAACUAUUUAAAUGAGACCGCAGCUCAGCAGUUUGGUUGCGACAGACAAUUGGUAUCUAAAGAAAUGUGCCUGUCUUCGGUGCCAAUUUGCCCUGGUGAGACAGAACAAGAAGACGACAGUCUGCUAAUAGACGAUGCUAAAUGCAACACCACGGAAUGGACACCGAUGUCUGAGUGUUCAGUGUCGUGUGGUAUAGGAUUCAUGUUCCGCACUAGACAAUUUUUAGAUCACACGAGUUACAAAAAGUGUCGCCACAUCGGACUUGUCAUGAAGAAGAAAUGCAUGCAACCAGCUUGCACUAAAGUCGCUGAACAGUCUUCUUUCACUAGCAUAUGCCCGGUAACCGAAUGGAGUAUGUGGAGUCCUUGCAACGUAACUUGUGGCCAAGGGUUGUCGAUCAAGUCUCGGUUGUUGCUUGUAUCCGGUGAAAAUUACACAAAAUGUAUCGAUAAAGUCGUGCUGGAGGAAACUCGAACGUGUAACGGGACGCGGCCUACCUGUGAAAUAAACUCGUCUCUCGCAAAAGAAAUAUGUAGCAUGGAAAAAAACGAAGGAGCUUGUAACGUAAACGCUGUUCGUUAUUAUUACGAUAAAGCAUUUAAGACAUGUAAACAGUUCAAAUACGGCGGAUGUCGGGGUAAUGAAAAUAAUUUUAAAAGUGCCAAAGAAUGCUAUAAAGUGUGCCACGGUGUGGUUUGA